AUGUCUGCUCCAACUAUCCCAGAAACCCAAAAGGGUGUUAUCUUUUACGAGAACAACGGUACUUUGGAAUACAAAGAUAUCCCAGUUCCAAAGCCAGCUCCAAAUGAGCUUUUGAUUAACGUCAAGUACUCUGGUGUUUGUCACACCGAUUUGCACGCCUGGAAGGGUGACUGGCCAUUGCCAGUUAAGCUACCUUUAGUCGGUGGUCACGAAGGUGCUGGUGUUGUUGUUGCUCUAGGUUCUAACGUUAAGAACUGGAAGGUCGGUGACUACGCCGGUAUCAAAUGGUUGAACGGUUGUUGUAUGUCUUGUGAAGAUUGUGAAUUGGGUAACGAAUCCAACUGUCCACAAGCUGACUUGUCUGGUUACACCCACGACGGUUCUUUCCAACAAUACGCUACCACUGAUGCUGUUCAAGCUGCCAAGAUCUCUCCAGGUACCGAUUUGGCUGAAGUUGCUCCAGUUCUAUGUGCUGGUCUCACUGUUUACAAGGCUUUGAAGUCUGCUGAGUUGGAAGCCGGUCAAUGGGUUGCCAUUUCCGGUGCUUGUGGUGGUCUAGGUUCUCUAGCUGUCCAAUACGCUAAGGCUAUGGGUUACAGAGUCUUGGGUAUUGACGGUGGUGACGAAAAGGCUAAGAUGUUCAAGGAAUUGGGUGGUGAAUACUUCAUUGAUUUCACCAAGUGUAAGGACAUCAUUGGCGAAGUCGUCAAGGCUACCAACGGUGGUGCCCACGGUGUCAUCAACGUCUCUGUCUCCGAAGCUGCCAUCUCUGCUUCCACUCGUUACGCCAGAGCCAACGGUACCGUUGUCUUGGUCGGUCUACCAGCCGGUGCUUACUGUAAGUCCGAAGUCUUCAACCAGGUCGUCAAGUCCAUCAAAAUCGUCGGUUCUUACGUCGGUAACAGAGCUGACACCAGAGAAGCUUUGGACUUCUUCAACAGAGGUUUGGUCAAGGCCCCAAUCAAGGUUGUCGGUCUAUCCACUUUGCCUGAAAUCUAUGAUAAGAUGAUCAAGGGCCAAAUCUUUGGUAGAUACGUUGUUGACACUUACAAAUAG